AUGCCUCCUCCAUUUCAGUUUCGAGGGAAUGGCCCUCCAAGAGGCCCUCGUGGCCAACACUCCAAACCAGAGUUUACAUUCCGCCCCCCACCACGUCCGACAUCAGAGCGACCCUUGUUAAGAGGCAUGAGGGAGGCUACCCCGGAGCUGCUGUUCCCUGAAACGGGACCCAAGCCGGCUCCGAAGUUCGCUUCGCUUGACGCUCUCAGUGACAGUGAAGAGGCAGAAAUGGACCUCUCCGACGAUGAAGAGUCUGACUCCGAGGCGCGUCCGCGGAAAAAGCGCGUUGUUUCCCUGGACGGCAACGUCGACUUUGCUCAGCCCAUACUAGCUGCUAUCCCCGCGCCCGCACCUCCUCCGCCAAAGUGGUCCAACCCCGAUCCAUACACUGCACUUCCCCCUCCAGACGAGAGUCAGCACAAGCGCGUCGACGUGGUGAAAUUGAUCCGUAAGGCAAGACUGGCCGCCGUGCAGCCAAAGGCCAAUGACGCGGUGGUUGACAACUUGGACUUUAUCUCGCUCGGCGCAAUCGGUGACAAUACUGUCAAACCAGAGAACGAGCCGCCCAAGAACGCACCCAAGGGACCGAAGGGAAUGGAAAUCAAGGAAUCUGCUGCUGCAUCUCGCAAGCGUACUCGAGAUGACCAGCCGAAGCCGUUGACUACAAAGACUGGAAAACCGUUGCGACGGUUCAAGAUGGACGCAUCAAUUCUCGAUGAUUGGAUGCCUCUGAAGGAUCAACACCCCACACCCUGGAGUGGCUCAGUGACGUCUAUGAAUAUCGCGACCAGGUUCCACAAUGAAAUCCUUUCUUUCUACAACUGGGUCAAACCCCAUCACUUCGAGCAGAUUGUCCGCCAAGAUAUUGUGGAUCGACUGGAACGUGCUUUCCAGAAGCGUUACUCUGGCGUUCAAAUCCAUGCAUUCGGAUCCUUUGCAUCUGGGUUGUAUCUUCCCACCGCCGAUAUCGAUCUCGUCCUUCUCUCCACCUCAUUCAUGAAGACAGGUAUCCGGGCAUUCGGUGAGAGAAAAGGUCAGAUUUAUGCGUUUGCUGGCUUUGUCAAGACCUCGGGCCUUGCUGUGGAUGGUACCGUUGAGGCCAUUGCAGGCGCGCGAGUGCCCAUCCUUAAAUGGGUUGAUAGGUUGACUGGCCUGCGUGUCGAUUUGUCGUUUGACAAUGACAGCGGUUUGCUCGCGAACAAAACUUUCCAACAGUGGAAGCAACAGUACCCUGCGAUGCCCGUCAUUGUUUCGGUCAUCAAGCAGUUUUUGCUUCUCCGAGGCUUGAAUGAAGUUCCCACCGGUGGUCUCGGUGGAUUCUCGAUCACUUGUAUCGUGACAAGCCUUCUUCAGCACAUGCCCAGAAGCCAGGAGCGCAACAUUGGGAGUCUCCUGCUGGACUUCUUCCACUUUUACGGCAAGGUUUUCAAUUUUGAGAAGACUGGCAUUCGUAUGAAUCCUCCAGGGUUCUACAACAAGGUCUUCGAGAACAGGGAACGACUGUCGAUUGAAGAUCCGAAUAAUUCUGCCAACGAUAUCUCCGGCGGUACUAAAGAGAUUGAGUUGAUCUUCAGAGCCUUCCGCCACGCCUAUUGGAACCUCAAGGACCGGAUCGAUUGGAUGAAUGACAACGGCAACCGAGAUGGCAGUAUUCUAGGAGCCGUCAUUGCGGCCAAUUACGACGAGUACAUUGAGCAGCGAGAACAGCUCCGCUAUGUCUUCGAUACGGCGCCCCAGUUUGCGAAGCAUCGACAGCCCCCUCCUCCGCCGCCUCCUCUUCCCGUUGGCGAGUCCCCACCACCGCCUCCUCCCAGCGGGCCUCGGAGCAUGCGAUCUGCGCCAGGCAAGCGAGCCUAA